AGCUAGUUAUCUUGGAUGAUGUACACCACCUCCAAUUUAUAAGCAUUUUCAUUAUUUAAUUAUACGUUACAACCAAGAUAUUCAUAUUCUAUAAAGAUCCACAAGCUAGCCAAACUAAUCAAAUCCAGUUCCAAAGUUAAACACUGGAUUCUAGCCACCUAAGUUCGCCAAUGGCUUCCAAUUACCAGAGCAAUGGAAAAAGCCAUGGCAGCAGUAUCACCUUUGAUGAACACCAAGUGGUGGUGGUUAUGGUACCUUUUCCUGCACAAGGACAUCUCAAUCAGCUCAUGCACUUGUCACGCCUAAUCUUGUCACACAACAUACCUGUUCAUUAUGUUGGCACAGCCACAAACAAUCGUCAAGCCAAACUUCGUGUCCAUGGUUGGGACCCAAACUCCAUUUCAAAUAUCCAUUUUCAUGACUUCAAAGUCCCUUCAUUUGCUUCCCCUCCACCUAACCCCAAUACUGAAACCAAAUUCCCAUCUCACAUGGUCCCUUCCUUUGAAGCCUCUUCACAUCUUCGUGCGCCUUUGGCAGAACUUCUCCAAUCCCUUUCAUCUGUGGCUAGAAGGGUCAUAGUGAUUCAUGACUCCCUCAUGGCAUCAGUGGCACAAGAUGCCAAAAGCAUAGCAAAUGUUGAGAAUUACACAUUUCACAGUUGUUGUGCCUUCACCAUCUUCCUGUUCUUUUGGGAGCAGAUGGGAAAACCUCCACUAGCAGGCUCACAUAUCCCAGAAAUUCCUUCUCUUGAAGGGUGCUUCACCGUCCAAAUGAUGGAGUUCAUAAUUGAACAAAGUGAGUUCACGAAAUUCAGUGAUGGAAACAUCUACAACACAACCAGAGCAAUUGAAAGUCCUUACAUGGAAUUUAUGGAAAGCAUCAUUGGUAGCAAGAAGCAUUGGGCACUUGGGCCCUUCAACCCUCUAACCAUUGAGAAGAAAAGUUCAACAGGAAGGCACUUUGUCAUGGAGUGGCUUGAUAGACAAGAGCCAAAAUCUGUGAUAUAUGUAUCUUUUGGGUCAACAACAACCUUAACAAAGGAACAAAUUGAACAAAUAGCAAAUGGAUUGGAACACAGCAAACAACAAUUCAUCUGGGUGCUGAGAGAUGCGGAUAAAGGAGACAUCUUUGAUGGAGAUAAUGUAAAAGAACGUGAUCUUCCAAACGGGUUUGAAAAGAGAGUUGAAGGCAUGGGGCUAGUUGUGAGAGACUGGGCACCCCAAUUGGAAAUUCUAAGCCAUCCUUCAACAGGAGGGUUUAUGAGUCACUGUGGAUGGAACUCCUCCAUAGAGAGCAUGUCCAUGGGAGUGCCAAUAGCAGCAUGGCCUAUGCACUCUGAUCAGCCAAGAAAUACCGUUUUGAUAACUGAAGUGCUAAAGGUUGGUUUGGUAGUAAAGGACUGGGCUAAAAGAGAUGAGUUGGUGACUGCUUCAGCUAUUGAGAAUGCAGUGAGAAGGUUGAUGGAAACAAAGGAAGGAGAUGAGAUGCGAGAGAGAGCAAUGAACCUUAAAAAAUCCAUCCGUAGGUCCAUGGAUGAAGGUGGAGUCUCUCAUAUGGAAAUGGAUUCCUUCAUUGCUCAUAUAACUAGAUAGUAGGAUCUAUGUAACAACACAUUCUUCUAGUAUACACAAGUUGGUCUUACCAUAUUGUAGUACUGGUACCAAAUAGGACAUGAAAAUUUUAUAGCACAUGAAGUGAAUGUAAUAGGUUUGGCAGGAAAAUAUGCAGAUCUUUCUGUGUUUCAAGAUAUCAUCUGGUCAAUUUUAUGGAAUAAAUAUGUAUGCUAAGUUUUUGCAAAUAUAAGUUUUCUAUAGGUAAUUGUAUCC